ACCCUUAAACCCUUGAAGAAGGGAAGGUCAUGAUAUGAAGGACGAAAGCUGAGGAGAGAUUCUCGCAGAAGUUUAUUCAGACAUGCCGUUCUUGCUUCGUAUGCCACAGAACAACCUGCGGAAGCUGUCCUGUUCGAUGCCUGCGCUCAUGGCUUCGAAGCAAUUUCUCGAGUUUCUUCCUUCUGUUCCUUCUGUCACUUUCUGCCCUUCCACCUCCUCUCCUUCCUCUUCGCGUAGGCAAUUCUUUACCGCUUCUAGAAGCCUCUAUCCUGUUUUUGCUUCCAGACCCAUGUCCCAAAACAGCCCAUUUCGCCUUAGUACCAAUGGGUUUUCUUCCCCUUCUCUCUCCAGAGUGCCUUACCCUGCUCAUCCUACGGAACAUGAAGACAAGAAGAUUGUUCUCUCCAGAUUGGUUAUCUUGAGGCGUAAACUGGAAGAACAGGGGAUCGAUGCUCAUAACUGUCCCCCGGGACAGUAUAGUGGCUUGAUAUGUCCUGUGUGUGAAGGUGGUGAAUCCGCAGAGAAAAGCUUGUCUCUUUUUAUCACCCGAGAUGGUUCAGCAGCCACAUGGAAUUGCUUCAGGGGAAAAUGUGGGACGAAAGGUGGAAUAAGGGUGGAUGGCAGGUCUGCAAAUCCAAGCAACAAAGAGAAGGUCGAAAGAAAAAUCACUGUGGAGAGCCUAGAGCUAGAACCACUUUGUGACGAGAUUCGCGAUUAUUUUGCGGCAAGAAUGAUUUCAGGGGAAACACUUGCGAGAAACCGGGUGAUGCAGAAAAGAAUGGGUGACGAGGUUGCUAUUGCUUUUACUUACUGGCAAAGAGACGAGCUCGUGAGUUGCAAGUACCGGUAUCUAACCAAGCAGUUCUGGCAGGUUCAUGUUAUAAAAACCCUUUUUUCGGAGAAGGAUACUAAGAGAGUCUUCUACGGGCUUGACGAUAUCGAGGGAGCAAAAGAUAUAAUCAUAGUUGAAGGAGAGAUAGACAAACUUGCAAUGGAGGAAGCUGGUUUCCGAAACUGUGUAUCUGUUCCUGAUGGAGCUCCACCGUCUGUUUCUACAAAGGAAAUCCCAUCUGAAUCCCAGGACACGAAAUAUAAGUACCUGUGGAACUGCAAGGAUUACCUUAAGAAGGCAUCUCGGAUUAUUCUUGCUACCGAUGGGGAUGAGCCUGGUCAAGCUCUGGCCGAGGAGCUUGCCCGUCGUCUCGGUAGAGAAAGAUGUUGGCGUGUCAAAUGGCCUAAGAAAAGCGAGUUUGAGCAUUUCAAAGACGCGAAUGAGGUCCUUAUGUAUUUGGGGCCACAUGCACUGAAGGAAUCCAUCGAAAAUGCAGAGCUUUACCCUAUACGUGGAUUAUUCAACUUUAAAGAUUUCUUCGAUGAAAUCGAUGCCUACUAUCACCGUACCCAUGGCUUUGAGUAUGGUGUCUCAACCGGGUGGAAAACAUUGGAUACUUUAUAUAACGUUGUGCCCGGGGAGUUGACUAUUGUGACCGGAGUUCCUAAUUCUGGAAAGAGUGAAUGGAUUGAUGCUCUAUUAUGCAACCUCAACCAUAGCGUCGGAUGGAGAUUUGCUCUCUGCUCAAUGGAGAAUAAGGUUCGAGAUCAUGCGAGGAAACUUUUGGAAAAGCAUGUGCAGAAGCCAUUCUUCGACGCUAGUUACGGAGGACCUGCCCCACGAAUGAGCGUUGAGGAUUUAGAGCAAGGGAAAGAGUGGUUGAGUGACACCUUUUAUCUCAUAAGGUGUGAGAAUGAUUCACUUCCGAAUAUCAGUUGGGUUCUCGAUCUUGCAAAAUAUGCUGUCCUAAGGCACGGGAUACGGGGGCUUGUGAUAGAUCCUUACAACGAGCUCGAUCAUCAACGUUCUCCGAGCCAGACCGAGACUGAAUAUGUAAGCCAGAUGCUUACGAAGAUCAAACGUUUCGCCCAACAUCAUUCUUGUCAUGUCUGGUUUGUUGCUCAUCCACGACAGUUGCAGAACUGGAAUGGUGGUGCACCGAAUCUUUACGAUAUAAGCGGAAGCGCACAUUUCAUUAACAAAUGUGACAACGGGAUUGUUAUUCACAGAAACCGCGAUGAAGAUGCAGGACCUCUCGAUUUGGUCCAAAUUUGCGUGAGGAAAGUACGGAAUAAAGUUGCGGGACAGAUCGGCGAUGCAUUCUUGUCUUACGACAGGGCGACGGGUUUGUUCUCCGACCUCGAGAAGAGGUAGACGACUGAAGGAAAAAAAAAAAGACUGAAGUCCAAAAUCCGGUCGGGUGAGUUUAUCAAGAAGGGAUGUACAAUAUAUGUGUAUGAAUCGGGGGAGCGAGGUUUUGUUUCUCGGGAAAGAAAAAACCCCGAAAACGGGGAGGCCUCGACCGUCGCUUAGGAGAAUCUGGUUGGAGAAAGUUAGUUAUGGCAGUUGAUAUGAGAAGAUAUGGUGGUGUGAACUUCUUAGGUUUGAUGUUCAUUGUUCAGACAGAAGACUGGCUUCAGUUUAAAGAACAAAGGUUCCCAUGUAUUGUUUAUACUCUUCUUUGUUAUUUUCCUUUCAAGGUUGUCAUUUUAAAUUCAAAAGGAUAUUUAGUCAUGCC